AUGAUGUUUGUAUUUUGGCUGUCUGUGAUAAUCGUGCUGAAGUGUGGAGAUUCUCUGCCUUCCCGGAUCUUUACCAUUUAUUUGAAAGAUAAACUUUUAUCGGGAUAUUAUAAGAACCUUAUAAUAAUAGGACGAACACGAUGUGUAGUAUCUUGCUCUAUUGAUGACCAAUGUUAUGGUGUUGCAUAUCAUAAAUACAGACACUCGUGUUAUCAUUAUGAAGAUUUUCCCAGAUGCAAUUCAUCUUCAGUGGAUGUCGGUAUGAUUACCUUUUUACCCCAAGGGUGUUUUAUAGAGAACAUUGCCUUGAAUAAGCCAGUUAAUACUAGCAGUAUGUUUAAAGCGUUUGCACCCUGCUUUGGUGUUGAUGGAAAGGUUGAUAUUAUAACUCACACCUAUAAUUCUGAUUUAGAAUGGUGGUGUGUUGAUUUAGAGAAAAUUUACAUCUUUCAAUCAGUGGUUCUGUAUAACAGAAUUGAUUUCCCAUUUUUAACUCCAGAUAUGAGAAACGGAAAAUUUCUUCUAAUUUUAACCGUUUUAACAUCAGCUGUACAUAACGUUAAAGCGGCGGGUGUAUGUUAUGGUAUAGGGUUGUAUAGUCGGCGUAAUUGUGGUUAUUCAGGAAUAAGUAAAUAUACAUGUUGGGCUAAAGGCUGUUGUUUUGAUGGUAAUGUAAAAAAUACGGUAUGGUGCUUUUAUAAACCGGUUUGUAGAGGAAGGUCUGAUCCAGAAGCUUGUAAUGAAUAUUUUCCCGACUCUCACAUUGUACUGGCUAAUAAAACAAUAGCGAAGACGAGUUACGGCAAGUGUAUUCAACCCGAUGUAUGUGAAUGUAAACAAAAUGGAUUCUAUUCAGCUGGUCCAUUCUGUGACAUUUGUUCCCCCAUCAAUAACUGUGAUCUGGAAUAUUGUACAAAUAAAACUGAUCAACUGUGCCAUAGAUGUGAAGGAUUCAUGGGAAUUCUACCCGGAUACCAAGCCUAUAUUAAAUCUGAGGAUCACAAAGAGUGUAAUAAAGGCUGUUCAUGGAGAUCCGACAGUUCACGCUGUUAUCCCGGCACAUGUAAAGAUCAGCUCUUUUCAAAUUGUAAUUGCUCUGACGGAUUUACUGGUAACCAUUGUGAGAAAAUUGUCACAAAAGCUGAAAUGUUGUACAAUGAAGUGACAUUAACUGCUGAAAAUGGUGAAAUGAGACAGACGCCAGAAGAUGUUAACUCUGCACAACCUGAACCGAUAUCCUGGACCAACUUACUCAAUCCCGUUUCUAUUCAAUACCAGUUCCAGUCUCGCUUUCUGAGACCAAAUCCACAACCUCGCCAUGCUUUUAUAAAGGAUUAUAAAGUUGGUAUAAUACACGGACAAAUUACUUUCAAUAAAGUAAGGACUGUAUGGAAAUGGGUUGAGGUUCCUGUUGUCAUCAGUAUCGACAGUCUUCUAGGAAACUUCACAGACAAUGAUAACAUUACGAAUGCCAGUGCCUUGAAUCUGACUGAUUUUGCUGAUGAUAACAAUUGGGAUAUCCGUGCCUUGAAUCUGACGGAUAUAAGUGCCUUCAAUCUGACUAAUAAUGCUGAUUAUUACUGUGAGUCACUGGGAAUGAACGGUACUGAGUUUGUGUUAAACGAAAUUAGUAAUAUGUUGAUGAACAAAACUGAUUGGUCAAUAAACUCAACCGAUUUGUCAUUAAACGUAUCCAAUUGGUUAAUAAACGCAACCGAUUGGAUAAUGGGCGAAACUGAUUGGUCAAUGAACGAAACCGAUUUGUCAAUGAACCAAACGGAUGUUAAUAAAACUGACACGGAUAUAAGAUGUUCAAUUUGGGUUUGGAAACAAGUUAAUGUAACGGAAACACAAACUGAUAUUUGUCCGGCAUCAACCAGCAGAGAUGACCCAAACCAAGCCACAUUUGCGUGUUCAAAACUUUUAGAAACAAAUUUUUCUCAAGAGUUCCUACACCAAGAUUGGUUAGAGGUGAACAUCACGUUAGUAGUUGGUGGAUUUGUCAAGUUAACUAAUUUUGAAACUGAGAGUAAUGAAACUCAUUAUUUUGAAAGUAGUUCUUUACAACAUGUAUAUGAAAUACGAUUUGAUAAUGUACCUCCCUACCACUGUCAACCUGUAUUAGAUUGUAAUCAAACCAUGUUAUCUGAUAUAGACGGGUCCCAACAGACGGAGAAUAUUCUAUCAUGGGAUGGUUGGAUGGAUGAUGAUGGGGGUAUAGGUGUUUAUGAGAUUGAAGUGUUCAGUUUAAAACCAGCAGGUGAUGUUCUAGUGAUUGGUGAAAGUGUCCAGAAUCACUAUACAACCUCAAAAAAUUUGACAUUUUAUCUUACUACACCAAGCGCCUAUGCUAUUAUAUUUACUACUAAAGACAAGGCAGGCAAUACACAAACAGCAAGAAGAAUAUUAAUAUUUGACGACUCGUCCAAUAUUACAACUACUCAUAACAGUCAAUUUCUAGCUACAACAGCCCUACCUUCUACUAACUAUGUCUGGCAACAAAAUCAUGGUCCUGUUACUAUUGACUGGGAAAAUAGAUAUAUUAAUACUAAACAUCAUAAUGGUAAAUAUCUAGCUGGGGUUGAACAGUAUCACGACGUGUCUAGUGAAUAUGAUGAUAAUAAUGGCACCAGAACAGUUGAACCAGUGGAUAAUGUUCUAGGUAUAGUGCUUUAUAAAACAUAUUAUGGGAUAGAUGUACAAGGAGGAUCUACCAUUCAACCAACAGAUACUGAUUUUACUACUACUGGUAACCUGAACCAAUCUAUUACAAUUUCUCCUACAUUACAAGAUGGCGACACUGUUAAAUUUUAUAUAAGAGCUUAUGAUAUAGUAGAUUUCUACCUGGAAGAAAUCAUCUCGCUUUAUUUUGAUACUUCUCCACCUGUUGUAAAAGAUCUAUGGUUAACUAAAGGAGAUAAAGUAGAUAUAUCUAUCCAUGAAUUUCAAGAUUUAAAUAAACUUGUGAUAGAAUGGAUAGCUUAUGAUCUUCACAGUGGACUAGAAACAGUAGUGUGGAAACUUUAUGAUAAUUUUACUGCUGAUGUUAUAUUACAUGGUUCACAACAUAUACCAGAACAAGGGAAAGCACAGAAUCAUACAGAUUGUGAAGAGAAAUACCAGAAUUAUUCUCGAGGAUCUGAUUGUUAUUGUACACCUGCUGUUGGUUGUUAUCAUCAACAUUUUCAAGUUAAACCUGGUGUAUCAUUAGAUAAAGGGACUGGAUUAAUUCAAGGAAAAGAUCAAGGUGUACAUGAUUAUGAUUAUUAUAUUGAAGUUUAUGUUAUGAAUAAUGCCAAAUUAAAUACAACUCUCACAAUAAAGAUUACAAUUGAUACAAGUCCACCACAUGUUGGUGUUGUACAUGAUGGUAGAUAUGGUGAAUCGGAAGUGGAUUACCAACCCGAUAGAAAUCUACAGGCACAUUGGGAAGGAUUUUUUGAUAAAGAAAGUGGUGUGAGAUAUUAUCAUUAUGGUUUUUCUACUGGAUGUUUAACUGCUGAAGACUUUCAUUUUGAAAUCCAGAACACUCCAGUACGAUUUUACCUUCAAGAAAUCAAUGAAACAUCAGUAACUCAUGCUACCUGGUUAGCACCUACAGAUGGACAGUAUUAUAUCACAGUGGUAGCCUAUAACGCAGCUCUACAACCCUCUCAACCUGUAUGUUCUGAUGGUGUUGUUAUAGAUUCAACACGACCUAUCGUCCGUGAAAUAUUUAUAGAUCAAGCUAGAAUAGAAGCAGGAUUAGUAUCAAAAGAUAGAAAGUUAUAUUAUAUCAAUAAUAGAAGACAGAUUCAUCAAAUACAGAAUCCAGAUCCUGAUUGUCUACAAAAAGGAAGACCAAUAGAAGAUAUAUCGUUGUUUCCAGUAGAAAGAUAUCCCAAUCAAACAAUACAAGAUAGAGAUUUAUGUCAAGAAGAAACAUUACCUAUACAAUAUCUAACACAAUCAUACCUAGUAGAACAUUCACAUAUAUAUGUAAACUGGACUGGUAUAGAUGUAGAAUCUGGUAUUUAUGAUUAUCAGUUUGGUUUAUCAUCAGAGAGAGAUUCUAUACCUGAUUUAUUACCAUUUCACUCUACAAAUCAUCAUACAUGGUACCGUGGUUAUCAUCCACAACUUACUGAUGGUACAGAAUUCUUUAUUCAUAUUAAAGCUACGAAUAAAGCUGGACUAGAAACUAUUCAGACCCUAGGACCACUGAUAGUUCAUACUUCUAAACCUAAAUUUACUGGUAACAUAGAUGUGGUAUUAAAUAAUAAUCUGUUGGUAGCCAAUUGGUCCAAUGCUGUAGUUAAAGAUCCUGGUCACAGUCAACUGAGAUAUACAGCAGCUAUUGGUAGAACAAAAGGCGGCCAGGAAAUCAUCAAGUAUUCAGAUUUAAACUUCAAUGAACCCUGUCUUGAAGCCUUACCACCAACCUGUACUGUAUUUGAUAUUCUGAAAUUAGACUGGAGUCUACACCAUGGGUAUAAAUACUAUGUAUCUAUUAAAAUAGAAAAUACAGUUGGUCUUCAUACAGUAAUAUCAUCAGAAUCUUUAACAUAUAAAUCAAUAUUACCAUCUAAAGGUGUGGUAAUUGAUGUUGGUUUAAACAGUGAAAUGGACUACUUCAAUAUUUUGGAACUUGAAGAUAGUGACUAUCAACUAUCUACUAGUAUGGUUAGUGUACGAUGGUAUGGAUUUGAAUCUGAAGAAGAAAUAUCUAGAGGUAUUAAUUAUAAAGUAGGAAUAAAGAGAGAGAAUGACAGUGAAUUUAUACAAUCUGUUCAUGUCAGCCAACAAACUGAAUACACCUUCAUUGGUCUCAAGUUACAGCUUCAUCAGAAGUAUAUUGUAUCAGUAACUGCUACAGUAGUUGGUGUUGGUAGUGUGACGUCAUCAUCUGAUGGAAUAACAGUUGUACAGAGAUCAGAAGAUCUGACUGAUGAAGUUGAAUUAAAAGAUGGUGCUGCUUGUUUUCAGCCAACUGAUCUGGAAGCCAACCUUUACCGUAAUUCUACUAUCAUCUAUUGUGGUGAACCUGGUUAUCAACCAUCUAGUUCUAGUUACAGUAUAAAGUGGAAUAUUUCUAAUACAUAUUAUAAUAUAUAUCCCCAUAUUAAAUGGUCUUUACAAAAACAACAUCAAAAUACAGAUAUAUGGCUGAAAGAAUACGAAAAAGAACUAUACACAAGAGAUAGAAUGCUGACACUACCAUAUCGUUUAGAAGUUUGUGAAUCCUAUAGAAGUGAAUUACAAUUUUGUAUUGAUAAUGUUUGUUCCCAAUCAGUUUUUUCGGAAGGUGUGACGAUCCUAGAAACACCUGAAAAACCUAAAUUAGAUAUUUUAAUGAUAACAGAUCAGGAGUUUACACAAACCAGUGAAUCUUGUAAUAAUGUAAUUAAAAGAUUAGAGUGGAGUAUAACAGAUGAUCACAAUGGACGGCUGUAUACAUUAUGGAAAAAUGUUGAGAAGAUUGUAUAUAACGAUAACAAGAUCAAAUUAAAGCUACUAUCAGAUGGUAAAAUAAACUCUAAUAAAUGUAGAAGAUUGGCUCUACGACUAUUUAAUAAGGCAGGAUUAUCAACCUUGAUCUCUAAACAGAUUCAGAAUUGUUCAGCUGUAGAUCCAAUAUUGAUACGACCAGCUAUAGUUCUAGAUGCUGUAAGACAAAAGAACAGAAGUGGAAUCAAACUUGAGCAGAAUGCCAGAUGGAACGAACCGGAUGUGGACUAUACUCCCUAUAAUGAUAUAAUAUCUGCUGUAUGGCCGACAUUGAGACAUAGAAACUAUACGUGGGGAUUAUUAGAGGGUCCAUUACAACCCACGUCAACUUUAUACAGUAAUCCUGAUAUCAUUAUACCAGAUCCUUGUUCUCAUCCUUCUACUAUCAUAUGUGGACAAUCAGAUAAAGAAUAUAUAAAUAUAAAACCACCACAACUAUUAAAACAUGGUAGAAGAUAUCAUGUGUGUCUCCAUGCUGAUUCUACAGCACUACAACAUGAGAAAUGGGAUGAAGAUCUAGAAGAAAUUAAUAGUUGUAGUGAUGGAAUAACAAUUGAUUUAUCCCCCCCUAGUGGAGGUCGAGUCUGGAUACAAACAGAUACUAAUACUAACUAUCAGGUGUCUAGUAAUAGUUUGACUGUAUUUUGGGAUUCGUUUAUUGAUGUAGAAGAUGAAGGAGGAGCUGUACACCCUAGUGGAGUAUCACAUUAUACCAUAAAAAUAGGCUCCUUGAGGUAUUUGUCUGAUGUGUUAUCACCUGUUACCGUUGGUCUUAUAAAUCACCAGGUUUUCCAUAACUUAACCCUACAGAAUGGUCACCAAUACUUCGCUACAGUCACAGCUGUUGAUUUUGUCAAUAGAAAUAAAACAGUAGUCAGUGAUGGAAUAAUUAUUGAUUAUACAGCUCCAGAAAUACUUCUAAACAGAAUACAGACAUCUUCACCAUAUCUCACAUCUUUAGAUUCAAUAUCAGCUUGUUGGAAGGGAAGUUUUAAAGAUAGUGAAAGUGGUAUUAAAUUCUAUAAAUGGUCAGUAGGUAGUAGAAGAAGUACCACAGACAUAUUAGAAACCAGAGAAAUAGAUGAAGAUUGCGAUGAAGCGACACUGGAUGUUAAAUUACAGGAUGGUUUUACUUAUUAUAUCAAUGUCCAGGCCAUUAAUUCAGUUGGAAUGUCUACCAUAUUGAUAUCACGACCAUUAAUAGUGGAUACAACACCACCAAUAACAGGAUUAGUAUUUGAUGGUAUUUCUGGUGAUAACAACAUAGCGGAUACUGAUUAUAUCUCUAAUACUCUACCACCUUCUGUUAGAUGGGAAAGAUUCCAUGAUCCCCAUUCUUCUAUUAAACAUUAUACUGUUCAAAUAGGAACUUGUCCUGGAUGUGAUGAUGUUCUACCACAAACAGAAACUCGAACCCGGCAUAAUUUUACUUUCACUAACAUCAGAUUUAUAUCCGGUAUAAAAUAUUUUACCAUGGUAACAGGAUGUAAUAUGGCAGAACUUUGUUCUUCAAUAUCUUCUGAUGGUUUUAUUAUUGACGUAACACCUCCAAUUCGAGGUCACGUGAUAGAUGGAACUAGAGAUGCUGAUAUUGAUUUCCAGGCUUCAAGAACAUUUAUUGGCGGUAAAUGGUAUGGGUUUAAAGAUAGUGAAAGUUCUAUAGAGAAAUAUGAAUGGAGAGUUGGUACUAGUAAAGGUGGUAGUGAGAUAUUGAAACCAGAAAGUUUACCUGUACUAGAAAUUAUCUACAGAUCUAAUCUUCCUCUUCUACAACAUUUACCUGUUGAUAUACCGCUCUAUAUCACUGUCACAGCUUAUAAUAAAGCAGGUUUAAGCAGUGAAUCAACAUCUGAUGGAUUUAUAAUAGAUACUACACCACCAACUGUCACGAAACAACUAACUUUAUCAUCCACAUUCGCUUCCAUUUUACCAUCAGCAAUAAUAUGUAGAACAGGAUUUAAAGUAGAAUGGGAAUUUACUGAUGUAGAAUCAGAUAUUGAACAUCAGUAUAUGUCACUUUCACAACAUUUACAUGGUGAUUUCAAUUCUUCAAUGAUAGAGAUACCAAGUGUUCUUACAGAGUAUGUAUUUAGUGGUUUAUCUCUACAUGAUGGUAGUAAAUACAAUGUGAAGGUUAUUGGCUGUAAUUUAGCGGGAUUGUGUACAUCUUCUGUAUCGCAUGAUAUUUUAGUUGAUACAACACCUCCGACUAGAGGAACCUUCGCAAUAGAAUCGAACCAUGCUGCCAAUAUAAUCAGACAUCCCGGUAGAUGGAUCGAAUGGAACACAACAUCAUUGACUAUAGCUUGGCUGGGAUUUUCCGAUCUUCAUAGUGGUAUACUGUAUUAUCUUGUAUCUGUUGGUACCAAACCAUUUUAUACUGAUUUAAAUAAGGAUGGUAAAGCUGUGAAAUAUUUCCAUGAAGAUGGUAGAUUAUUUGAAAAUGAAGGAGAAGUACAGAUUAAAACAGUUAAAACAGCAGAAAAUCUUAGUCAUGGAACGUCGGUCUUCUUAUCUAUUGCAGCCAUCAAUAGGGUAGGAUUAAAGAGUCAACCAAUUCACAAUGAAUUUCAAUUGAUACAUACUGAUCUCAGAACAAACAAUCAUGGUUCAUUGGUGAGAAGAUGUCGACCAUAUAACUGUGAAGGUCAUUGUGUUUGUAGUGAACAAGAUACAACAUGUUCAAAACCAGAUGGUUGCAUAACAAAUGACAGCGAUAUAAAACUAAUUCAAGUUAUAGAUGUAACUAAUCUACAAUCAACUGAUACGGUUCAAACUAAUUAUACACCAACUAAUAUGUUUCUAUCUGCUAAAUGGAGACUUUUAAGCAAUGCAACAUCUCAACCUAUCAGGUACGAAGUUAGUAUUGGUCUGUCUGACGAAGACCAUCCCAGUGGCGUGUUUGAUUCAGUUACAGAACGACAUUGGUUUGAUGUUGGGCAAGAUAUGGGUACUAUUGUUACACUACCUAAAGAUAAAACUCUAAAUGAUAACAUGAUCUAUUCAGUAUUUGUAAAGGCGUGGUAUGAUGAUAAAAGAUAUUAUGUUUAUAAAUCACCUGGUCUCACUGUGAUCUCUAAACCUCCAACUCUGACUUAUUUAGCAGUUAAAGAAUUAGAACAGACUACUAGUAAUAAAGAUAUUGACUACCAAAUAAACAACAAUACAAUAAUUGUUGGUUGGAAAGAUAAAUUUAAUGGUGGAAUUCAUGGUAUAGAUUAUUACCAGGUUUAUAUCAGUACACAUCCACAAGGUCACAAUAUCUAUAGGAGCGACACAAAAGUAUCUCCACAGCAGAAAUCAUUCAGUAUAUCUGGAUUAAAGUUACAAGAAAAUCAGAUAUAUUACAGUACAGUUUUAGCCUUUAACAAAGCUGGGUUUUGUAGCUGGAGCAUCAGUGAUGGCAUCAUAAUUGAUUCUACACCACCUUCAACUGGUAUCAUACAUGAUGGAUUAGGCCCACACGACUCUGAAUACCAGUCAUCUGAAGGCUUGCUUGCUGCCUCGUGGUAUGGUUUCUCUGAUAUAGGAUCUGGUGUUGUGAAUUAUUACUGGUGUGUUGGUAGACAGAAUGACCCCACUACUUGUGAUAUAUUACCAUGGACUAAUGUCGGUUUGAAAAUAAAAACCGGUGGCAAAUCACUUAUGAAAAUAUAUUCAGGAGAUAAGAUCUACCAUAAAGUGUAUGCUGUAGACGGUAGUGGUUUACAAUCACAAGUUGCUGUCUCUAAUGGGAUUAUUAUUGAUACUUCACCACCUGAACCAAGUUACCUGGAAUUUAUUGGAGAGAAUCUAAUCCUUAAUCCCUCAUUUGAAUCAAUAUCUGAUGACACAACAACUUCUUGUAAUUCUAACAUCCCAGAACAUUGGUAUACAGAUUCAAUAUCUUGUGUUAACACCCGAUCAUCUCAACAUUCAACAGCUCAUGAUGGUGAAGUUUAUAUCACAAUAACAGAUCAGAUUCAACAAACCAUUCAAUAUCUAGAUACAGAUUGUUCUUAUCAGCUUACUGUACAUGUUGGUUAUCCACAUGAUAUCUUACUAUCACAUCAUAAGGUAGAAGGUUUUAUUAGAUUAGGACAUGAAAUAAACAGUUUUAAACUGAAUCCAGAUCUCUGUCAGGGUGAUUGUUCUCAACUUGUCAAUGUGAUUCAUUGGUAUAAAUUCACCUAUAUUUAUCAACCAAUAAAUACACGAGAGAAAUUAGUAAUUGGUACAACUAGAAAUAAUAUGAUAUUGGCUAUAGAUGAUCUAGAACUCAGAAAAAUAAAUCAUGUAUCAUUGAAAGAUACCAACAAUAAUCAUAUAGUAUAUCACCCUACUUUUACACCUCACUGGUCUUCCUUACAUUUUAACUGGUAUUUUAAAGAUGGUGAAAGUUCUAUUGUGGAGUAUCAGUGGGCUCUAGGUUCAGUGAAAGGUGGAACUCGAAUCAGGGAAUUUACAACAACUGGUGAAAGAAACCAUGUGACUGUUUCUAAUCUGCCUUUGGUUCAUAACGCUCGGCUAUAUUUCACUGUUAAAGCUCGAAAUGGUGCUGGUCUAAUAACUUUAUCUUAUAGCGACUUUAUAUUAGUAGACACUACACCUCCUGUUGUUAUUUAUAUGCAUGACGGUACAGUAGACAUUACACCUCCCGUUGUUAUUUAUAUACCUGACGGUACAGUAGACACUACACCUCCUGUUGUUAUUUAUAUACAUGACGGUACAGUAGACACUACACCUCCCGUUGUUAUUUAUAUACAUGACGGUACAGUAGACACUACACCUCCCGUUGUUAUUUAUAUACAUGACGGUACAGUAGACACUACACCUCCUGUUGUUAUUUAUAUACAUGACGGUACAGUGGACACCACACCUCCUGUUGUUAUUUAUAUGCAUGACGGUACAGUGGACACUACACCUCCUGUUGUUAUUUAUAUACAUGACGGUACAGUACACACUACACCUCCUGUUGUUAUUUAUAUACAUGACGGUACAGUAGACACUACACCUCCUGUUGUUAAUUAUAUACAUGACGGUACAGUAGACACUACACCUCCUGUUGUUAAUUAUAUACAUGACGGUACAGUACACACUACACCUCCUGUUGUUAUUUAUAUACAUGACGGUACAGUAGACGCUACACCUCCUGUUGUUAUUGAUAUACAUGACGGUACAGUAGACAGUACACCUCCUGUUGUUAGUUAUAUAUGUGACGGUACAGUAGACACUACACCUCCUGUUGUUAUUUAUAUACCUGACGGUACAGUAGACACUACACCUCCUGUUGCUAUUUAUAUAUAUGACGGUACAGUGGACACCACACGUCCUGUUGUUAAUUAUAUACAUGACGCUACAGGUCAAGAAGUAGAUUACCAGACUAGUAAUGUAAUUGCUGUUAAUUGGAAAAUAGAAGAUCCAGAAUCUGGUAUUGACUAUUGUCUCUGGGCUAUAGGGUCUGUGAGAGGAGGAUAUGAUAUACAGAAGUUUACUAGAAUACAGAAAGACGAGAAUAAAGCUAGUAAAGAAUAUACUGACAGAGAACCUACAAAAGUUUAUUCUACUAUUAGAUGUUAUAAUAAAGUUGGUCUACAAGUAACAGUAACAACUGAUGGUGUUCAACUCAUUGAUUCUAAUGAACUUAUUACUAGUAGUGGACAGAUAACUCUUUUACCACAGACCACAACCCAAUAUCAACUAUCACAAUAUUGUCUUUCACUACAACAGUCACUUGGUAUUCACUGGCGAUUUGAUUCUAACAGCUAUCAGUCUACAUCGGUUAUGAUUGGACUAUCUACUGAUGAUUAUAAACUAGAGAAAGAGAUAGAUGUUUAUUGUAUUGUUUUAAAGGUUGGACUAUCUACUGAUGAUUAUAAACUAGAGAAUGAGAUGGAUGAAACUGGUAUUAACUAUGAUGGUGUUAAAUUACAAGGAUUAAAACUGAAACCAGGCACAAACUAUAUGGUGAAUAUUUCUGGUAUUUUACUGGGCAGAUUGAAUAAUUAUAUAAAUCAGACUUUCUCUACUGGUUAUCAACCACCCAGUGUUAAAGAAGAUAGAGAUAUCAAAAUAGCCAAGACAUUAGAUGGUUUAACAUUAAUGAUAUCCUGGACAGAUAUAUUUGAAUCAUACUGGAAAGAUUUAACCUAUGAAGUUAGUCUGGGCACCAACCAAGGUGGUGGAGAUGUUUUACAGUGGCAAGAAACAAAAGAUGACAGACUCCGUUUGACAUUACCUAAACAUUGGAAAUAUAAAUAUUUAUAUCUAUCUCUUACCGCAGUUGAUCCUUGUGGUUUAUUUACUACUAUUCAGAGACAAAUUUUGAUUUAG